AGAAACAUUUCUUAAAGUUUCUUAGUUCGAAGUAUAUUUAUCGUCCAUCUCUAGUCUUCUGCUGAGAAUCAAAACAAUCCUUAAUAAAAUCCUUUAUUGCAAAGCAAAUUUGUCAUAUAUAUAUCUGUCAACUAACUGUCACGUACGGAACAACGAGAAGCAUAUAUAUUUCAACCUCAUCAGACAAAAAAUUAAAAGUUCUGUUCGUGUGCUUCGUGGGAUAUGUUGAAUCUGGCUCCGUAAUUGUGAAUCCUUUCAAUUGCCAACAUGGAGGCCAAGACUGGCGAUUUUUUCUACGGCUGGGAUCUGCUCUAUAAGACAGUUCAGGCAGAUGUCAACAAGAAAGCGGACCUCCUAGUUGCCCUCGUCCACUUUCUCCUCACCAAGCACUACAGCUUUCGGUGCGUAGGCAUUGGUGAUGAUAAAACUUUGCCUGAAGAAGAGGGCAGCGAACUAUUGCCGGAUAGCUGGAACGACGACGACACUAAAUAUUCCCUGCGCUACGUACAUGACAAGGUUCUUUACCUUCUGCUGGGGCACAUUACCGAGGAUGCCCUGCUGGUGAAUCUCAUGGAUAUAAAUACCAAGAAGGUCUCAAACAUUUGCCUUGAGCCCGAGUCGCUGGUAGUCGAAGUCAAGGGUAGCAUUUCUACUUUAAUGCCAAGCGCUUCGGAGAUUGUUGAUCGGUACCGAAAGGAGCUCCUCGAUCCGGUGUUUACGGGCAACUCGCGUGAGGUUACCACUCAGACUACCGCUCCGCGAGCUUCCGGAUCGGAUCCUCUUCGUAUUGGCGAGCCCAGGCGUCCCGGGGCCUACGUCCCAGGAGGAUUCGAGCCGCGCCCUUUUGGAUUUCCGGACAUCGGUCGUGGCGACUUAGAUCCAUUGGGUCGCGGUGGUCCUGGUAACCUAUUUUCUUUUCCCUCUCGUCCAAGUGUUGGACCAGGGAUAGGACCGCUACCGCGAUUUGAUCCGUUCGGUCCAACCGAUCCAAAUGUGCCAGGACGUGGACCCAACCCAGAUCAUCUGCGUCCGCCGAAUUGGGAUCCCGAUUAUUACAUGUGAUUACUAGGAGCUUUAUGAACGCUCUAGAACAUGGAUAAAAUCUUAAGUUAAUAAUUUCUAAUCCGGGAUAUACUGUUUCUAUUUAUCUGAGAAAAAAUCAUCAUUUAUUUUUUGAACGAUAA